GUAAUCCAUAAUGGCGGACGACGUGAGAGUGUUUUUAUUAACUCUCUAGGGAUAAACCAGAACUGUUGCUGUUAUUCAAAAUAAAGAGCGUUUACAUUCAGUUUCUCAGUUAAAGCUCUUUGCUCAUUGCUCCAUAAUGGCAGAGAAGAAUUCGAAAGGGAAGAAGCGGAAAUGGGAACCAGUAGAAUUGGACGAUCCUUCGUUCUUUGCGGGCGAAAUGGAUGGAUUUGUGUCCCUUGAAGUCAUGGAAGAUUAUGAUCUAAAAGAACUAACAGGAAUUGGUACAAGUGGACCAGCUCGGAAGAAGAAAAUAAAAGAGCGGCCGCCGCAGAAGGUGAAUUACUUAAAGUGCUUUAAAACCUACCGCGUUGUUAAAUUCAGAAAUAAGAUUCAAGCACGUGGUGAAAUUACUUUGUAUUUGACUUAAGUUUGAGUAUGUACAUGUAACUGAGAAAUUGGAAAAAAUAUAUUUGUAUGUCAAUUUUUUUGUUUAUUUAUUUUUUUAUCAUUACUCACCUUUAAUUAUUAAAUGUAAUAAAUGGGAGAAUUUUCAGCAAAUUUUAUGGAUGAAGUCUCCUGUGCAUCAUCCAAUCUUAGAAAAUACAUGUAUGUCAUAAAUGUAUGUUUGUGCAGUCUAUACUGACACAAAAUUGAGGGUUGUCCAUUACAUUCACAUUGGGUUGAAUCAUUUAUGUAUCCACCCACCAGAAGUUAUAUUAAAGCUAACAUGGCCACCAGGUGGACAAUCAGACAGGGUUUGAUGCUACUCUGGUUUAAAGAUUUAAUGAAUGUAACCAAAGAAGUUAUAAUUCAUAGACCCAACAUUUCAACACUCCUGUCUAGUGCCUUCAUCAGGGGUGAUCCAAAUGCUGCAACAAGAGGUCCUUUUAUACCAUCACUAAUUAGCUGCCUUUUUUUCUGAUGAGGUGUAAAUAGGCGUCAGGUCGUAAACCUACCCACACAGAGAAAUAAUUCGCUUUCGAUUCUCACCACCCUAUUUGCCAUAAAAAGUCUGUAGCCAAAACUUUAUUCAGGAGGGCUGACUGUCUACCAUCUUCACUCAAUUCGAAGGCUGAGGAGAGGAAAUAUGUUUCAAAUGUCCAAAAGGCAAAUGGCCAUACAAAGACUCCUCUCCGUAACUACCAAAACCAGUUACAACUAGUAGCACUCCUGAUGAAAGGGAACCAGCAACUGGUUUUGCUGUUAUUCCUUACAUUCAAGGUGUUAUGGAACCCAUUAAGAGAAUUUUGAAUAGCCACAACAUUAAAGUUGCUCAAAAACCUUCACAGACUUCAGGGUAUAUUUUUGCUAAACCUAAGGAUCCUGUCACAAAAGAACAACAAACUGAUGCCAUUUAUUCUAUUUCUUGCAAUGACUGUGACAACGAAUACACUGGAAGACCAAACAUCAGCUUGGUACACAUUUGAAAGAACAUCAAAAAGCAGCUUUCUUUUGCAAAAAAGAAAUUCAGCUUUAUUGGAGCACACAUACCUAAAUAACCAUACAAUUGGGGGGAUAAUUCUAAAAUUAUCACCACUAAUCGGCGUUACCACCAGCGCCUUUGUUUGGAAGCCUGGCAUAUUAACUCCACCCGCGCUCCUUUAAUGAUGAUGGCAGCUUACUUCCUGACACCUAUUUUGCACCUUGUCAGAAAAAAAGGUAGCUAAUUAGGGAUGGUAUAACAGGACCUUUUGUUGCAGUGUUUAGAUCACCCCUGAUGAAGGCACUAGAUAGGAGUGUCAAAAUGUUGGGUCUAUUAAUUGUAACUUCUGCAGUUACAUUCAUUAAAUCUUUAAACCAGAGUAGCAUCAAACCAUGUCCCACCAGUAGUUAAUUGGCAGUUAAGUCAUCUUGUGAUACUGAAAAUCUGAAUGAACCAUCUCAUGUAAAGUGGAAAUGUCCUACUAAAAGUCGAAUUUCAUGACACUUAAUAAAUAAUCCUCAACCUGUUCCAAGGCAAGGUUGAAAAUGUUGUUCAAUCAACUCAAUUCAACUCAAAUGGAAUGACUUGACUCCUGAGUUAGAUUGGGUGUGUUUGACAUCAGAAACAAAACAAACUAAAGAUAACUGCUAGUCGUACCUUAAAUGAAAAAAAAAAACAAGCAAAAAGAAACAACAGUAACACUCUCCACAAGAACUACAUGAAAAUACAUCAAGUCAUCAAAAUCAUUUUGAGAGCAAUUUGUCCUUAAUUUUUCAAAGACAGCAGACUGUACUGGCCCAAAGGCUCAUGCAUUUUUUCAGUCUUUACACAUACAUGUACAAUUAUUUGUAUUUAAGGAUACAGGCUUUUUUUCGGUUUUCUCUAAAAUUUUGGCUCACAGAAAAAAAAAUAUACAAAAGAGCUACACAGUAUUCUCCUUUGAUUUUAUAUCUUCAGGAUAAUCAGGAACAAACAGAUACCACACCACUCACACAACUUGAAAAAAGCACAAAGAAUGACCAACAGACAAAGGGAAAAAAGAAGAGGAAAAAGAAAAACAAGGCCCAAAGUAAAGCCCAGUCGGAAGAGCAAAACAGAGUAGAAAUGGUCACUGACAAUAGACUGGAGGAAGAUCCUCCAGGUAAGAAUUACUUUCUGGAAUUAUGGAUGGGAAAUGCACUAGACAAAGUAAAAUUUUUUACUCCUAUCAUUGCACAUGAAAUGUUCUAUAAACAAGAGAAUCAGGCACAUUUUGUGUAGAUAAUAUUGUGUUGGCAAAGAUAUAAUUUUCUAUAAAUUAUGUAAUUUUACCAAUAAGUUGGUUAUCAUUAUGAUUGCUAUUAUUUAUUAAUAAAGUAUUCAUUGAUUUAGAUUAUGUAACCUUCAUAGACAUAUUUCAUUUUCAGCCAGGUACAAAUAACUCAUUGCAUAUAUUGUGGUUCAAUUUUAUCCUUGGUUCAAAUUUUAAUUCCUUUGUUUCAAACUCAUUAUCAUACAUUACAAUACCCAAAAAAAAAAAAACAAAACAAAAUAAAAUUUGAACCAAGGAUAAAAUUGAACCACAACACACGCAACUGUAAUAAUAUUAAAUAAUGAUAUUUCCCACCAACACUACAGUAUGAGGUUGAGAUGCAGUCAUAUUUUAUAGCUAAAUCGUUCAUUUUGAAUGAACUAAACUUUAGAGCCCAUGGCAGAUGUGAGUGCUUGGGAAGUCCUUGGUGUUCCCAAAGAAGUUCAGAGAGGACUCAGUGAACAAAGUUUUACAACACCAACCCCUAUACAGACUCUCUCCCUUCCGCCUGCAAUAUUCCACCACAGGGACAUCAUUGGUGCAGCAGAAACAGUGAGUUGAAUCAGAGCAGUUGGAUUGGUGGAGGUCUCUUUUACUAUGUGCAUUGUUUGUUUACUUUGUUCCACAACUUUUUUGAAUAAUUAUUUUUAUUCUUUUGAGAGGGAGAGAGAGAGUGGAAAAAAUACUUUUUCAAUAUGUACAUGUAUUUACUAUGAUGUACAACUUGCUCAUUUACAUGCAAGAAGACUUUCCCACACAUUAUGGCAAACAGUUUCUGUUACUUUAGAGCUGGUCUUUGACCUGAAUCAAUGUCUAAGUACUAAGAGAGUAUUGAAUAAUAACAAAUAUGACUUGUUAAAGCACUCUUGAGGAGGGCCGUUGAGCUGAAAGUAUGUGUAUGGUGUACCUCUUGAAAGAACUCAGACUGACAGACUGACAGAUUGAAAGUUAAAUUUUAAUCUCUUAAGAAAAUAAUUUGAUAGUUCUUCCCUCCUCUAUAGUUGGUUGGCAGAUUUAUUCUUUAUGCAAAAAUGUGCAUUACAAUGACAUUGCUGUAAGUUUCUUAGUUCUCAUAUCAUACAUUGGAUAAUGCUCUGAAAUUGUCUGUUGAAGUUAUGAUAAAAUCACUUGAGAGAAGUUUUGAUUUCAUGAAUGGCUGGUUUUUAAGGAGGAAAAUAAGUGUAUUAAUUUUAAAAUAUGUUUUUACAAGGGUUCAGGUAAAACACUAGCCUUUGGGAUUCCAAUUCUCACCCACAUCCUUGGCCAGAAGACCAGUCAAGAAGAAGGAAAAACUACAGAAAAUGCUACCAAAAAUAAUGCUACAGAAGCCACAGAAACUGGUACUGGAACGUCCAAGCUCAAGAAACCACUUCUGGCAUUGAUAAUGACACCAACCAGAGAAUUGGCUAUACAAAUAAAAAAUCAUCUCAAACAGGCUGCAAAACAUACAUCUUUAGAGGUAAACUUUAUGUACUUAAAUUGACAAUUUGAAAGUUACCUCCACAGUUAGAUUCUGUUUUCCAUUGUUAGAAACUCAAUUAUCACUAACUUUAUUUUUAUUGGCAUAAGUCAAUUUUGUCUCGAUAGCCUUUAUUUAAUACUAUUUUUCUCAGUAGAGCAGAAAGCAAACCUAUCUCUUGUUUGGAAAGUGUUUUUUAUAUUUUCUUUUGGAAACAUAAAUUUGUAGCCUCAAUAAGCUUAAGCAACUUAAAUUGACAAUGAGUCAGCGCUGACAUAAACAUAAACUGUACAGGGCGUGUAGUUUUUUUUUCCUGGUGGCCACUUGGCUCUUAAAUUUUUCAAAGUGGUAGCCAGUUCGAAAAAAGUUGGUCGCCAUUUUUAAAGACAAACAAAACCUAUUUUCUCCGCUGUCAGCGUUCUAGAUAGACCCUCCAAAAUUAUGUUAGGAAAAAGAUAUUUUACGUGCCACAAAGUGGACACUGGGAUGGAUGAUAUACAACGUUCAAGCUCACCUGUUUUGGAAACAAACUUAACGAGGAAGUUUGCCGCGGAUUUAUCUUUACAAAUCUUUUUAACUCAUUCGCCAAUUUGGCGACUAAUUUUCAGGAUUUGGUCACCAAAGAGAAAAAUUUAAUCGUAUUGGCGCCUGUAUUAGGCGCAAUUUCACGCCUUGCUGUAUUGUUUUGUGCUAUCAUAUUCUGGGCUGAAAUAUUUAUGUUAUCUUCGCCCCUUCAUCAGCAAAGUAUAUAAAAACCCUUUUGUUCAGAGAAUUACAAUCCUACCCCUGAUGAUGUACCAUUUACCCCCUACCCUCCCCUCUCUUGCCACCCCUUCUAGUCCUGUUUCAACGUGUAUCUUUUAUCAGAGAAAUACCCAGCAAGCAGAGUCCCUCAAAAUUAUUUGAAUCAAUAAACAAUUGAAACUGAAAUUUAUUUUCCAAGAUUGUUGCUGUGGUUGGAGGAAUGGCACCUCAAAAACAACAGAGACUUUUAAACAAGUGUCCUGAGAUAAUAGUAGCCACCCCGGGAAGACUGUGGGAUUUGAUUUCCGAUGUAAGUACCUCAUGUAUCAUAAGUUGUACUGAUUCACUUUCUUUUAGAGAUCUGAAACAGCGGACACACACUUGUACAUGUAGGUAUGUUUCUCUUGAGAUCGGUUGACCUGUCUAGUUUUCAGCAUAAAGUUGGAUUUCCAAUGUCGCGUAAGUUUUUCCGUUCGUAAAACGCCGUAAAAAUAAUAAGCACAGCUGUAAGCAUUUUCCACUGCUAUGUAAACAUCAUUACCUGGCGUGUUUUUUUUUCUUUCUUUUUUUUUUAAUAACCAACAGUCAAAUUGGAUGAUUCUAGAGAUAUCUGCUCGCGGCGUUUAAUUUCAGGGGGAAGAGCAUGUCUGCCGUUUGGAGCACUUGAGAUAUCUUGUAAUUGACGAGGCAGACAGAAUGGUGGAGCAAGGCCACUUUCAAGAAUUGUCUUCAAUAUUGGAGCUCAUUCAUAGAAAGAGGUACAUACCACAUCUACAUUUAUAUUAGCAAUGGACUUCAAUUUCCAUUGAAGCUUUAAUUUUUCCAGGCUUCUCCUUCUGAAAUGGUUUUCUUGACAGCCAACCUGUAAGCUGAGGUAAAUGACUCUCUUUUUAUAAAAUUUUAACUUGAGUGUUUCUUUUUCGCAGUGAUAAUGAUGAAGAUGAGCGAACUGCAAAGCGAAGACAUCUACAGAAGUUUAUUUUCUCUGCAACUUUAACUCUUCCAAAGUCGUUUAAGAGGAAAGGAAAAGAAAAGAAAAUCACAAGCGAAGAAGGCUUAGGUAAAUCACGGCAUAUUUGACUCAGAGUAAUAGAAGCUAGAGAUAGUAUCAACGUAUUUUAUCAGCUAUUACUUAAGGAAUGAAAUGAUUUAAAUUAUCCAUCAUUUAAAACCCAAAAAUUUGCGGCUUUAUCAAGUGUGUCGAAGUUUUUAUUGUGUUGUUUUUGCUUUUGUCUUUGUUAUCUAACAUCUUAGUUAAACAUGAUUAAGUUGAUCGGCUUGUGUUCUUCCGUUAACAGCAAUACUCUUUGCAUUUUACAUUUUUAGUGUCGCUGAUGGACAAAGUUGGGCUGCAGAAGAACAUUUGUAAAAUUAUCGAUGUCACUAACAAGAGAGGAACCGUAGAAACCCUGACGGAAGCAAAGAUCUCAUGUGCAAUUGAAGAGAAGGUUUGUAAUAGUUGAGCUGACAAGGAAGCGAAACACUUCAAGAUCCAGGAUACACUUUUUAUUACUUUUUAUUCUAACCCUUUGAGCCAAAUGCAUCUACAUGUACACCGCACUGUCUAGGAACAUGAUCCACGGAGCCACAGAGGUGUACCAAGUGAAAUCGAAGGAGAACUACGAAACAUACAGUUGUUGUAAAAAUCACCUCAUUAAGAUUUAUUUUGAAUUUUCUUUCUAGGACCUAUAUCUCUACUAUUUCCUUUCCCGGUACCCAGGCCGUACUUUGGUUUUCUCCAACACCGUGGACUGUGUGAGGAGACUGGGCUCUUUGUUUAGGCUACUGGACUUUGACCCGUGGGUUCUUCACGCCAGCAUGCAACAAAGGCAAAGAUUAAAGAAUUUAGACAGGUCGGGUGAAAACUGAUUGAAAUGGAAAAUACAAAAAACAAUGAAACAAACGAAACAAACAAAAAGAAGAAUAAAAACCAAGAACAAAAAAAAACCACGAAACAAAGGAAAAAAAAACAGCAAAACAGAUCAAAGCAACAAUUAGGAACCUAAUUUUGUAGAUAACGUGCUUUUUCCUGUUGCGUCUUUCACGUUCUUUAUUCUGCAACUUGCUUUGCGCAAAACACGAGGCGACACGCGUGUUAUGUGGCCUUGGAUCAGAAUCAUCAUGAUCUUAUUACUAUUUUUUUUUUCAUCAAAACAGUGAGUUUAGUUUACGACCUGACUGACCUAUUAAACCAAUCCUGAUUGACAAUGGAAUUUCCUUUAUAUAUAGACUAUAACUGGAUCGCCUUGACUGAUUAAAACCCGCCCCUCUCCCCGCUCAGAGAAUAUUUAAAGCUGGAUAGGACUUAUUUUACACCAGCAUGAAAUUUUGGCUGAUUUUUUUUCUUGCCUGUCAGAUUUAAGCAAAGUGCGAGUGGCUUACUUCUGGCUACAGAUGUUGCAGCGAGAGGUUUGGACAUACCAGCUGUUGAGCAUGUAAUUCACUAUCAAGUCCCGAAGGACCCUGAUGUAAGUACGUGCAAGUAUGUGUGUACAGUUGGUUAGCUUGUGUCGGUGGUUGGCCUGUGCCGUAGGCGGGAACGGAAGCGAUUGCUUUUUGGCGGCAGUGCUUUCAUUCUCUGCGAAACUCUACCUUGACAAAAGGCUUUGGGAGGCACGCUGCUUCAACCGACCAUGCGUUGACCAAGGUGUGGGCUACAAGUCUCAACUGUUAGAGAAGCUCAACCAGAAUGUGGAUAGCAAAGUUCGAACGCAGUUGACACCAGAAUUCUUUCUCUAAAUUUAUGUUAUUGUAUCUCUUGACUUCUUUUUAAAACUUCAUUUUCUAAAUCUUUGUUUUGUUUCCGAUUUGUGUAUAUGUGUGAGGUUCACCUACCGAAACCAAAACAAUUCAUUUCAGUUAAUGAUUUUUGAUUUAGAAAAAAAAUUGACUCUGUUCUCCAAAUGCAAUUUAUAUGGAAGGAUCAGUUUGUUAUCGUUUAUCGUCCUCAGUUGUAUCUCGUUUAAUAAUGAACUGUUGUGUAAUGAUGUAACCACAAUGUAACUAUAUAAACUUUAGCGCAACCACCUCAUGUGAUCCUCCGUUCCUAAAUUAUUUCUCUGUGUUCGUUAACAGCUUUACAUUCACCGCAGUGGACGGACAGCUAGAGCAAGCAGGGAAGGUCUGAGUGUCGUUCUUGUUGGCCCAGAAGAAAUGGGAUCAUACAAGAAAAUUAUGAAGGCACUUAAUGGAGGUGAUGUGUCUUUAUUAUCUCCAACGUAUCUCUUUAACAGUUAAACUCUAAAAGUUUAUUUGGAAAUCUCUCUCAGUUUAAGGUGCCAUUCGUCUAAAUUUCCUUUUUAGUUAGAUAAAUCUUUACGCCUCAACGUUAGUAUGCAUAUUUUCCAUGCAUACUGUUCUUUAUAUAUUUCUUAAGGUGUUGACAUGGAGAUUUCGUCUAACAAUCAAGAGCUUCUUUAGUUGGUGAUCAUUUCCUCUACUCUCGUGGCUUUAAAGAGAACCUGCAGUUUUAAAACAAAUACUGGUAAAAGGGCUAAAAAUAUAUCAACUCAAGAUAUCUGGUCCUUAAAACCAUACCUGUAACCCUGUUAAUUUUUUUUUCCGCUUUCAAAACUGGCCUUCACGGCAAGUUCGAACUACCCGCGUUCGCCAUCUUGUUAGGUACGCAAUGCAUUUUGGGUUGAUGACGUGUAAUGGUUGCUCCGUUCUUUUGUAGUUGGGUUAUUGGGGUUUUCCUUAGCAAAAUGGUUAAUAGCGGAGCAUUCGAGUGCAUAAGUCGGGUAAAACCAUGCAGGAUACCAAGCUUCGCUUUGUUAGCUCGCCAUAAUACAUUAGUUAUUGACGUUCAUGGAUUCAUGCCAUUGGAAGGACAUUUCUUCCAAAAGAUUUGCGUGUGCGUUCGGAGCAUUUCGAGAACCUUUGCCUCCAUAGAUCAUACUUAAUGCGAGUACGGAUAGCUUUGUUAACAGGAGAAUGAUUGGAUACCCAUUUGAUAACGAGGUUAGAGGAUAAUUUUAAGUACCCAAUAUCUUGUAUUGAUACAUUUAUAGUCUUUUAAGAAAUAUUUACUUGGGUGUGACAGUCGUUAGGAGAAGUUGGAGGCUGGUCACUCUUAUGGAUCACAGGGUUAAGGAAAUUUGUCAUGGCACGAAGAUGAUACCCCUCUAGUUGAUAAAUAUUUCUUUUAGCCGCAACCAAUAUUUUAUAAGGAAAAGGUACAUCGAAAUCGUCUUUAGGAGUUUACUGGGCCCGACUACAAUUUAACCCUUUACACCCUUAAAAAUCAGUUUGCAUUUUCUCCACACCAUUUUCCAUGAAUUUUCUUUCGAACUAAUAAGGAGAAUUUGUUUAACAAUCAAGAGUUUCUUUAGAUGGUCGUUCCCUGUAUUCUCGUGACCUUUAUGUUUGAUUCAGGAGUGAUGCUGUCAGAAGAAACUAGAUGCCAGUCAUUAAUAGGCGUUUAAGGGUUAACUUACAGUCUCUCGUGUCGUUCGUUUGUUUGUUUCAUUUUUUUUGUUCAGACUUGUUUUCUUGAUUUUAUUCUUUUUCAAAUUUCGUGUUGCAGGAAACGAGCUAGACUCCUUUCCAGUUGAUGUGUCUUUUAUGUCCUCCAUUAGGAAAAGAAUUUCUCUCGCCAAGCAAAUUGACAAAGAAGAACACAAGUAGGUGAAGAUGAAAAAAAAAAAGAAAGAAAGAAAGGAAAAGAGAAAUAUGGCAAUUAUCUUUUGGUUAGCCCUUCGUUUUUUAUUUUGUUUGUUUGUCUUUUCGCGUAAGAAAAAGGCCCAAAUUGAUAAUCGAGCUUGACAGCGCAGCAUUUUUCGCACAAAGAAUUGUUCACGCAGUUACGGAUGUUCUCUCCUUCAUUCUCAAUUCCUUCCAACCCUCCCCCCCCCCCUCCCCUCCCUUUCUCUUUGUCUAAACUCCCCCUUUAAUGAAAGCCAUCGAACCAUAUUCACAGAUUUAGGCGCAAAAAGUCAAGUAAUGACUGGAUACUUGCCUCUGCCAAAGCCAUGGACAUUGAAGUUGACGAAGAUUUGUAUCUUUUUCGAUGAGAUAAUUCAUAUAUUUACAUGCACAUUCUUCGCUUCUGUGUGCUAUCACAUGGUCAGGGACUAACUAGACUACCAGCCUCAACAUCAGUCUUAGGCGGUUUGGGCUUGAAUGCAUUUAUUGUCAAAAACAUUUCAACGGAACGGGCGGAACUGGUGUUCUGGAACUUUACUGUCUUGAAGGUUUGAUGUCACAUUUUAUACACUGUCCUGUUCAGUUUAUUUUCCUUAAAAAAGUUUUUUACAGACUGGAAGAUCUCGGAGAUCAGGGAGAAAGGAAAGAGCGACAAGUAAAGCUGAAGCAAUUGAAAGGUAAUCAACCUUUAGUUAAGGCAGACAAUGGUUGUACUGACAGUCCCACCAAAAAUAAUGGAUCUUGCAGGCUGAUAAUAUCUUAGUGAAAUCAAAAUGGGUUACAUUUAGCUUGUAGUAGUAGGGUGGGGUGAGGAUUAUUGUUCCCAUGGUUCUUACCUUUGAGUUCUAUGUGAAAGGAAAGCAUGAAAAUGUAAUAAAGAGUCUUGAUGUCCAGCCUUGUGUGGGUAAGUGUUAGCUUAGCCUGAGUCGAGUGCUCCUUUCAUUUAUUGGUAAAUUUUUUUUAUAGAAUCUAUAUCAGUGCCGUUUUAUUUUACAGCGGAACUUACUGGUUUGCUGAAGACACCUCUGAUUCCUGCUGGUUUUAGUGGAAAGUACCCGACUAAAACUGGAUCCCUUAUAAUGCCAGGGAUCAAAGGUAUUAAGUGAAUAGAGAAACAAGAGUAUUUUGAGGGACAAAAUGAUGUGUUGCUAAACACAUCGUUUUGUGAUCUUUAGUGAGAGUAUUAUUAGUGAUUUAACAGAGCUAGUGUCAACUGAGGCUCCUUUUGUUUUGUUUUGUUUGUUUGUUUGUUUGUUUGUUUGUUUGUCUUUUAUAUUCUCUUUUCCUGCUGCCAUCCGCUGGUUUUCUGGUCCGUAUGUUUUUUUUUAAUGAGAUAACUGCUUUUUUCUUUUCCUAGUCAUGUGCCAAUUGUUUAAAUGUUCGUUUUAUUUCGGUAUUCACAGCCGACGCGAAUUUGGAAGAUAAUGAAAAAGUGGCUGUUGAAGAUGUAAGAAGAAAGAAAAGAAACAAGAAAAGCAAAACGUAACUUGCAUUCUUCAAACGAGGUCGACAACUGAUCGUGAAAGAAGAAGGGAGAUUAAAAACACGAAAUGGAGAAAGAUUCUUACUUGUAACAACUGGACUGGAAGAGAAAGAGUUGAUUUGAGCAAGGUUGACUAGUCAGUGGUAGAAUAAACUAAAAUCUCGUCUUAAAGUCUUUGACCCCGAUGCUAUAUGAAUACAAUGUAACUUGAAGCAAUGGCGUUCAUACAUCUUCGGGACACCACCCUUCAGACUCGCGGUAUAAUACGACUGGACAAAGCAACUAGUCACAGUCUGACAACACAUGUCCACUUUGCGCAUUUUCUUGAUUUGUGAUUUGAAUUGAUUUACAGAUGUUUUGUUCUUUACUCAGUGGCCCGAAUUUAAAAGUUAGGAUUGUUUCAGUCACAUAUUGCCGUUGGUCAUAUGAAGGUUUCAAGAAUGGGUCGGAAAGGAACUGAAAACGCUGUUUUAAAGGGAAAUCAUUUUUCACAUGCUUGACAAAUGUUGUCCACAAACCUUUCGCUAGUUCAUAUAUAUAAAAAAAUUUAAAAAAAAUAUGUAGAUGCGUAGUAAGCAGGAGAUUCAGUAAAAGCCGGUCUACCGCCGUUUGUUGAGCAGGGUCUCGUGUUUAGGUUUCACCUUACGCCUUUUCUGGCACAUUCGCUUAUUACAUCAUCGGCAGCUACUUAAAUGUAUUGAGACCCCAGAAUGUGGGAGAAAUCGUUGGAAGGC